UCGCUGCAGACUCAACUCAUAAACCCUUUUCUAGGGUUCUACCGUUCCUUCCCUUCUAUAAACCCUGCAUUUCUCUCUCACACAGCACAUAUUCGAGUGAAAAUGAAUAGCCUCCGCCUACUGAGAAAGUCGGCAACGCCAUGUUCAAAGCGACUCACACUUGCCUCCAUCAUCAACCCUAGUGCGACUCUUCUAUCACCAUCAACACCCAGAGAUGCUCCUAUUAGUACCCAAAGUCAUUACUUUUCCACCUCCACCACUUCUAUUAGACAGCAAUCGAAAUCGCUCGAGUGGGUCAGUGGUAACUAUGGAGUUCUAACGAGAAAUUUUCAUGUGGGUGGUGGGUCGUUGAAUUUCAGGGCUUCCGAAGUGUUAUCUCAGGCGGAACUUGCGUUCGCCAAUUUCUCCGAUGAAGAUAAGUCGUUGGGAGCGAGUGGGGCCGUCGAUGAUGGUCUUGAGAUAUCGAAGCUUGGGAUUUCUGGAGAGAUCGUUCAGGCUUUGGCUAAGAAGGGUAUCACUAAGCUCUUCCCUAUUCAGAAAGCAGUUCUGGAGCCAGCAAUGCAGGGUCGUGACAUGAUAGGUCGUGCUAGAACAGGAACGGGGAAGACACUUGCUUUUGGGAUUCCCAUUAUGGAUAAGAUUAUUCAAUUUAACAAUAAGCAUGGACGUGGAAGGAAUCCUCUGGCCUUAAUCUUGGCUCCAACGAGAGAACUUGCUCGCCAAGUUGACAAGGAAUUCUACGACUCUGCGCCCAGUUUAGAUACACUGUGUGUUUAUGGCGGUGUGCCCAUUGGGCGGCAAAUGGGUGCACUGGACCGUGGUAUUGAUGUGAUUGUCGGCACACCUGGUCGAGUUAUCGAUCUCAUUAAGAGGGGUUCUUUGAAUUUAUCAGAGGUUCAGUUUGUUGUUCUUGAUGAAGCGGAUCAGAUGCUCAACGUAGGUUUCCAGGAAGAUGUGGAAGUAAUCUUGGAAAAUUUGCCCAAGAAACGUCAGAGCUUGAUGUUCUCAGCAACCAUGCCAGGUUGGAUAAUGAAACUUACUCAAAAGUACCUGAAAACCCCGUUAACCAUUGAUCUUGUAGGAGAUUCUGAUCAGAAACUGGCUGAUGGAAUUUCUUUGUAUUCGAUUGCAUCAGAUAUGCAUGAGAAGCAGGCAAUUAUUGGACCUCUAGUAACAGAACAUGCUAAAGGUGGUAAAUGCAUUGUUUUCACUCAAACGAAACGUGAUGCUGAUCGUUUGGCAUAUGCUAUGCAAAAAAAUUUUAAAUGUGAAGCUUUGCAUGGAGAUAUCUCACAGAAUCAAAGGGAAAGAACACUUUCCGGUUUCCGAGAUGGCCGCUUCAAUAUUUUGGUUGCCACUGAUGUGGCUGCCCGUGGCCUUGAUGUACCUAAUGUUGAUCUGGUGAUACAUUAUGAACUUCCAAACUCUUCGGAGAUUUUUGUUCAUCGAUCUGGCCGAACAGGACGUGCUGGAAAGAAAGGAAAUGCAAUUCUCAUUUAUUCAUCGCACCAGUAUAGGGAUGUUAAGGGUAUUGAACGGGACGUAGGAUGCAAAUUUACAGAGCUCCCUAGGAUUGCCGUUGAGGGUGGAACCAGAGACAUGUUCAGUGACAUGGGCGGCAGCGGUGGUGGUGGUAGCCGCUCUGGAUUCUCUAGAAGUAUGGGUGGCGGUCGAUUCAGUGACUCAGGUUUUAGUCGCCCUGGUGGCUACAGUGGCUCUGGAGCUGGCCGCUUUGGUGGGUACAGUGGUUCAUCAUCUGGUCCUAGUCGUUCUGGAUCUUAUGGUGGAUCCAAUUCAGGUCGAUCAGGUGGAUUUGGUGGACCUAGCUCUGGCCGCUCUGGCAGCUUUGGUGGGUCCGGGUUUGGCCGCUCUGGUGGAUUUGGGGACCUUGGUGGUGCAGAUCGUUCAAGUGGUUUUGGGAACACAGGUGGUUCAGAUCGUUCAAGUGGGAGGAGAUCUUAUUAAAACUCUAUUUGGAGGUAAGUUUAGUUUGCCCUUUCACAAAAGAAUACUGACUUUGUUUAACUGUCAUCGUAGCAUAGUUGGUAUUGAGCUUGUCACUUGCAUCAUUUUGUACUUAAGCUAGACACAGCCACUUGUGUAACUUGGGAAGCUGGUUUUGGGUGACCUGAUUUCAGUGAGUGUUUUGGGCUUAUGCAAAGAGUGACAAGUAUACCCACUCCAGCAAAAGCGAAACAAAAAGUGAACAAAGGGGUUAAAUACGUCUCCCAGAAACUCUACAAUAGAAUGGUACUUCUUGGCACAUCUUGAUUGUCCCUCCACAUUCAUUUCUACUGUCAGCACUUGCUAAUUCCUUGUUCUUGGUAUAUUGUCCUUACAGUAGUUCUCUUUCUACUUUCUCAUUGUCUUUGUCACACUUCUUCCUUUCCAGCAUCUGAUCUGAGCCUCCACUGUGGCUGGGAUGAUCCAAAUCUCAAAUAAGUAUAAAUCUAUGCACACCUUAUUGACUGCCUCCCAAUCUUUGCCAAAGUUGUCUCCUACACAUCCAGCACCAAUUAGUCAAAGCCCAUUUAUUUCUACAUGGGGUUGGGUGGGUUGGCAAAUCUGAUUUACAAAUUCAUCCUCACACGCCUUGUAAGGGACUCUUUUGCAUGUUGAUCUUUAGCUCAAGAUGCCCUCCUAACUUUUUACAUUUAAACUUGAGGUUGAGGAUCUUUUGCAUUUCACAUGAGUGUAAGAUAGUGUGUCAAGCAAAUUGAAGAUGGGAGACCUUAAUUUUUCUCAGUACACUCACACCAUCAAUGAGGAUCAUUCCUUAGACUAUGGAAAGUAGAGAUGAAUCACCUAGGAUCUAACACCACAGCAAGCAAAGAUGGCAAUGAAGGAUAUCCUUGCUCAAAUCUUUCGGUAUAUUAAUCCUUUCUAUACUUCAAACUCCAGAAAUCAAGCUACUGAGGUAAUUUAGCG